AUGAUGAGGAAUCACAUGCACCCUGUAGAAAUCGCUUUCCAAUCAGAGGAGGAGAUAUGGCAGAUUGUUGGAGUAUCCUCGAUCUGGUUUCAAAACGCGUCGGGGUCGAUCAAGUUGUUGUCGGAUUCAACUUUGGUCCAUUCAUUACUUGCCUCUACUCUUGGCCUUUUCCUGGGAACCAUCUAUUCUGUUCCACCAUUUAGAAUGAAAAGAUUUCCAGUUGCAACAUUUCUUAUUAUUGCCACGGUGCGAGGUUUCCUUCUUAAUUUUGGUGUGUACCAUGCUACAAGAGCUGCUCUUGGACUUCCGUUUCAGUGGAGUGCACAUGUGGCUUUCAUCACGUAUUUUGUGACAUUGUUUGCACUGGUCAUUGCUAUUACAAAAGAUCUUCCUGAUGUUGAAGGAGAUCGCAAAGCUUCAUACGGUAUUGAGAUUUUGUUACGCGGUUGCAUCGAGCUUUACGACACGGCUGGUGAUUCCACAGACGAAGCUAUGACGAACGUUAAAUCAGGUGAUUACGACUCUGUUAAAGUGAAUUUGAAUGCUGCUUUGGAUGCACGGAGUGAUUGUCAAGAUGGAUUCAUGGAAAGGAAGCAACAUAUAUGA